GCGGCCCAAAUGAACUAUUGUAUCAAGACAACAAAAACAAUCAUAUCCUCAAAAAAAUCGACCUGAAAAAUUCGCAAACUAGAAAAAUUAUCGCCAUUGUCGUCUCAGGCUGAAGCUUGUACAAGUUUCAAUACCUCUUUACUAAAAAUGGCGACGCUAUCGAAACUAGAGAUAGCCACUACCUUCCUCGCUUUCACCGCUCCUCGUUCCGCUACCGUAUUGAACUAUCGCUUCUCUUCUGCCGCUGCCCCGCUUAACUCCAGCCUCAGAGGUACGACCGUCUCCGUCCGAACCACGCCGUCGCUGUUCUAUUCCCCGGUGUUAAGUUCCAAUCGCCUUCGAAGAUUCUCCUCUGUCUCGGCCUCAGCUUCCGCGCCGGCGCCACCGCAAACCGAAGAUGCCGAUGUCACCACUAAGAUUCCACCGGACAACCGAAUUCCAGCUACUAUAAUCACAGGGUUUCUGGGCUCUGGCAAGACGACGUUGCUGAACCAUAUACUGACCAGAGAUCAUGGGAAGCGCAUAGCCGUGAUAGAGAAUGAGUUUGGGGAGGUUGACAUUGACGGAUCACUUGUUGCUUCUAAAUCCAUGGGAGCAGAGGAUAUAGUGAUGCUCAACAAUGGCUGCCUGUGUUGCACAGUUAGGGGGGAUCUCGUGAGGAUGAUUUCAGAGUUAGUCAAUAAGAAGAAAGGAAAGUUCGACCAUAUAGUGAUAGAGACAACAGGUUUGGCAAACCCGGCCCCGAUUAUCCAAACCUUUUAUGCGGAGGAUGAAAUUUUCAGUGAUGUGAAACUGGACGGCGUUGUUACUCUGGUUGAUGCUAAACAUGCUCGUUUGCAUCUAGAUGAGGUCAAACCCAAAGGUGUUGUCAAUGAGGCUGUUGAACAAAUAGCCUAUGCAGAUCGUAUCAUAGUUAAUAAGACUGAUCUUGUUGGUGAGUCAGAAUUAGGUCUGGUGGUGCAACGCAUAAAGACAAUAAACAGCAUGGCUCAGAUGACGCGGACAAAGUACGGAAACGUUGACUUGGAUUAUGUUCUUGGAAUUGGAGGUUUUGAUUUAGAGAGAAUCGAAAGCUCUGUGAAUGAAGAUGAAAAAGAAGAUCAUGAUGAGUGUCACGACGAUCAUCGCCAUGAUCACGACCAUGAUCAUGACCACCAUCACCACGGCGAACAUGAGCAUCAUCACUCUCAUGAUCACACCCAUGAUCCCGGUGUUACUUCAGUGAGUAUUGUUUGCGAAGGGAGCUUGGACCUUGAGAAGGCAAACAUGUGGCUCGGGACGUUACUGAUGGAACGCAGUGAGGAUAUCUACAGAAUGAAAGGUCUCCUCUCGGUGCACACCAUGGAGGAGAGAUUCGUGUUUCAAGGUGUCCAUGACAUAUUCCAAGGAUCACCAGACCGGUUAUGGGGAAAAGACGAGGCGAGGGUCAACAAGAUCGUCUUCAUUGGCAAGAAUCUGAACCGGGAGGAGUUAGAGCAUGGUUUUAAAGCUUGCUUGAUUUGAUUUUCUGUAAUCCUUUCCUUAUAUGUCUGUUAAAACCAUGUGAUCUUGUAUCCGACUCUUCUAAAACUGCAAAAUUUUGUUUCUUGUUGAGGAAUCGACCUGUGAGCUCGAAAUGAAGAACCCUGAUGCCCUCAAUAUACAUAAUAUAUAACGGGCCUAUUAGCAUAAAUAUAAGCCCACUGAAGUUCCAGA